GCCUGCCAUGGAGAGCAGCAACUCUUCCACCGCCCUCACACCGCCAAACUCAAUGCAAACCCCACCGACUCACUUCCGCCGCCGACACUCCCACCCCAGAGGCGGCGGUGACUACUCCACCGACUCCCCUCUCCUGGCAGCUGCAGCACCACCCUCCUCCGCUGCUAUCACUCCCUUUUCCCCUGCAGGCUCCGGCCGGUUCAUGCUCCCCGCCGGUUGGGGUAUCCAAGAAGUCCCUCGUUCAACCGCCUCCAAUGUCGACCGGUAUUACUUUGAGCCUGGGACUGGAAGAAAGUUCAGAUCUUUAAGAGAAGUUGAGAGGCACCUUAAUGGAGGAGAAUACACUCCUAGCUCCGGGGCAUUCACUAGUACUACUCGUUUGUCAAGGAAGAUGGUGGUUUCUGGUGGGAAGCUGUUGAGUGUGGAUGAAGGGGAUUUGAAUACGGAGCAUUGGGCACUUGUGCUGUCUUCUGCAAAUAAUACAGCCACCUCAAGGUAUCAGCUUCCUGAUGGUUGGGUUGUGGAGGAGGUAACCCGUAGAGAUGGAAGCUCGGUUGAUAAGUAUUACUAUGAACCAGGAACGGGCCAGAAAUUUCGAUCCAUCCUAGCCGUUGAGAAACAUUUGGCAGAAUUUGGAGAGCAUCAUCAUAUCCCAUUGUCUGAAUCCCAACAAUUGUUGAAUCAGAACAGACUUCUGUCCAACAAGUUCAAACCAAACCAACAACAUUGUUCAAAGAACUCUGCUGCAUCAAAGAGAAACAUGUCUGGAGAAGUAAAGCGGGCUUCUUUCGUCGCCCCUCCAUCGAAAAUCAAAUGGGUUCUUGCUAGUCCCAGAGGCAAUGCAUGGAACCCAUUUCUGGAUGAAACACCAAUCCCAGAUUCUGUUAAGCAACAAUGGAUCAACAGAUUCAUGUUGUUCGUGAACAACGAGGCUGCCGGCCGCAUGAAACAUGAAACUCAGUUUGGCAGAGGAUGAUAGGUGUUAGAGAUUGUAAACACUAGCAAUCAAUGGAAGCUCCAUGGCAGCACUCUCUGCAACAUCCGGUGGAUUAUUCCGGCGUGUUCCGCAUGGCAGCAUCGUUGUCAUUUUCUGAUGAGAGAUGAGAGAGAAUCCAUGGGUCUUUGCCUUGCA